UCGUAUUCUGGUAUUCGAGGACGAAAGUCGAAGUAAACGUCGUUGUCUCGAAAACCAGAGACACCUGUAGGCUGUAAUAAGUGGAACUGAAAGGUGACGGGACCCAGUAACUGGUUGAAAGACGUUUCUUCGCCCCAGUCAAACAAUCUUAGACACGGAAGAGGUUUUCGUCAGCUCAGAGUUGCUGCAGUCCGCUGUUGAGGACAAUGAACUUCUUUCCCAGCGAUCCUCGCUGUGUUGGUCAAGUAAAUAAUUACUAGUAGUCCAUUCAGGAGCCGUGCUGAACGACAUGCCGAGUCAGGAUGACUGGCUGCUCAACGGACAUCACACUGCUUAUGCUUUGGGCGGCUUUCUAGGAGUGCUCAUUGUGUCCCUAUUGCUAUGUUUGAACUUCAAGCGACUGGGCAAACGUCAACGGGUAGCACUCGAGGUGCAUGCGGCGGAGAGUAACUCCAUGCCAAUUAGCCAUGGUGGUACAUCAGUUAGCACCCGGUCAUCUCAUGCUCUUGCAGGCGAUGACCCGACUCUGGACACUGCCAAGGUAGAAGAGGGAGAAGAUUUGCCCAUUGACGACGGGGAGAGCAGUGCUGCAACAUCGCCCGUCACUGUUAAAAACAACAUAAUUGGAGGAGCUGAUGGUGGUCUGUUGGUAACGGAAGACCCUAGCAGUCCGUAUGCCCAACUAUCAGGCAUCAAACUGGACAUUCAAGUGGAGAACAUUGAAAAUGAAGAUGAUGUGGACGGUACUGCAGUCAGGAUUGGGUCACGACGUGGCUCAUUCAACAAGAGUUCUUUGAGAAGCUCAAAGAAGAAAGACAAGAGAAAUAGUGUUCAGAGCAGCGGCACACUGAAUCUAGGCGAUGACAAAGGUGAUUAUGCAAGUGUGUCAUCCGUUCUAACUAGUGAUGUAGCAUCCGAUUAUAUUGUAGAGGGCGACAACCAUUCACUCAGAAGUCGCGGGUCGAUCAAGAGUCGGCGCAAUUCGUUGCGUGCAACACGAAAGCCCUCUUCUAGCCUUCCCUGCGCUCCACAGUCACCGCUGUCACCAAUACCAACAUGUAAGCCAACGUCCUUGUCAUCGGGAGUAGCUACUGCAUCUGGCACAUCUCUUACUGCUCCUGGCGCACCACCCGGUGCACCUAGUGGCGGCGGAGCCAGUGCUAACAACCAGUCGACUUAUGCAUGUGUUUCACCCGUACUCACCAGAACAACCUCUCCAGAAGUUGACAUGAAUGAUGAUGCCUCAGUACAAAGUCCUUGCUCUGUGAGGGACUCCACCAGCAGCAGGGCAUCCCGGCGGGAUCGCAUUGCCAGCCUACCUCUGGUUUCGGCUGACUAUGCGAGCGUGACAAUCGUACGGAAUGGAAGUCCCGUUGCAGCAGGAGUGGACGGGAUCGACGUUCAAGAAACUGAGCCUGCAGAGGGUCAUUAUGCAGCGGUUCUGCGUGUGAAUUCGGACAACGAGGAGGACAUGGGCAACGCAAUCAUGGAGCUGAAUCGUCUGCAAAAGUCCUGCUCCGUAGGCGGCGACUAUGCACAAGUUGAUUUAAAUGCUGUCAUGAGAUCUCGUGACAAGUCACUCGGUGAUGAUGCUGAUGUGAAAGAGUUGACUGGUGGGAAAACAGACGCGCACAAGCGGAUCAAGCGUCUGCAGACCUUACCCGUGGAUCAGUUGAGCAAAGAUGUACCAUACGCGCGUCCCAAGAAGCUUAGUAUUGAUCAUGGUGACAGUAGUACUAUGAGCACGUACGCUCAGCCAAUCAAAAAACAGUCACUCACCAACGCAUCCGAGCCAACCUCGUCGUCGGCUCCGACAACUCAUGAAGAUGCAUAUGCCAUGCUUAGCCCCUGCGAGUCACGUAAAGCAGUGCCGGAAGAGAACCCUUAUGCUCACCCGGCACUGCCAGAGAGGACAGCUGAUGCGCUCUCCUUGUUGUCCUCUGAUCUUGUCCUGUCCAGCGAUGAGCCAUUGAUGGAAGUGCCAAGUUAGCUUGUCAAGUCCUUCUUAUAGUUGUAUCUGCAUUGCCCGCUGCUUUCCAGGAGGGUUUACCGCUUGCGUGAACAAGCGUAUCUGUGUGUUUAUGAGACGUUGGAGUAGGUCUACUAGUAGCACUUGUGAUGCACUGACCUACUACUCUCCGGCUUAUUCUCCAGCGCCUAUCAUGCUCCGGCUACUGCAUGUGCACGUGCCAUCACACCAGUGCUGCGGCAAGCAAGGCGACUGUGACUCUCUCGCACUCGCCAGAUAUAGUAGCAGGUGUGCGCCCCGUGCCCAACUGCUCGUGCACGCAACAUGCCGACAUGUACUGUCUCAGACCUUACAAGGGCAAGUAGCUGGUGUCGAUGUAAGGUUGAGUGGUUCACCAAGAUGAAUGCUUACGUCCGUUCACAUUCUCCACAGAGCUGUGAAAACAACUGGAAUUUCUCCUAUCUUCUUUUCCUAUGUAUGUGUUCGACCUGAGAAACUUCUACUUCUUAACUUUGGGCUUUCCACGUCCUCCUUUUUUGCUGCUGCAUCCGUCCAACCACUCUGCUUCCACACAUUAUCAGCUGGAUACCUUUUUACCUCAGCGCUCAUUUUUAUUGCUCCGGCUUUUAUCUUAGAUGCCUAUGUAUUGCCGGCCGGCAAGUUCUGCUUUUGCUUUACCACUUUCUCUGAUGUUAUUUACAAAAAUUAAUAAUCUCUUCAUAUCCUGAGUUUUCUAUUUGUCUCUCUCUCUCUCUCUCUCUCUCUCUCUCUCUCUCUCUCUCUCUCUCU